UUUGGUAUAUCCAAAUCUCUUGCGAAAGCCUGUAGCUGAUUUAUCCUCCAGCUUCAAACCCCUGGGCAGCAGAACAGCCGAGCCCUACAGCUGUAUUCAGGGUUUUUUGGAAAGGAAAAUUAAGAUGAAAGCCUGCAGUCCUUUUGCUGUUGUCAUCCUGGCUUGGACUUUCAGCCAUGGUUGUACAGGGAUGAACCAUGGGUCUACGCAAAGAAGAGGCUCAGGACAUGAAAUCUUUCACCACAGAGUGUUUACGGAGGAUGACCAGCUAUGUUCGUUUCCAUUUCGGUAUGGUGGAAGGAUGUACCAUGCAUGUAUAUCAAAUCUAUUUUCUCAAAAGAAAUGGUGUUCAACCACACAUAACUAUGAUCGUGACAGGAAGUGGGGUUAUUGUGCUUCUGCAUCCAAAGACCAUGUAGAUUUCUCAGAUUAUUGUGCAAAGAGCCCAUGCAAAAAUGGAGGGACCUGUUCCGUUGCCUAUGAUCAUAGUUCUUAUCACUGCGCAUGUCCUGAGGCAUUCACAGGAAAAGACUGCGAAAUUGGGAAGUGUUUUGAUGACAGUCGCUAUGAGUACUUUGACACUGGCGAAAGUUGGGCAAGAAUCCAUAAAGGAGUAGUGGAAGAAUGCAUGUGUGUGAACAGCCGAAUUGAAUGCCAAAACACACGCUACACAAGUUGCACCAGUAAUCCCUGCCUCCAUGACAGUGCCUGUAGAAUGAUUGCCUUCACUGGGAAAACUAUAUGUGGUUGUAAAGAAAACUUUGUAGGAAAAUAUUGCAAUAUUGUUCCUGUCUUGCUACAUUCCACCAAAAUCAAGGGAACAUCAGCAGAUACUUGUCCCUAGCCAACGAUGUUACCGUGGCAAUGGUACAGAGUACAGAGGGGUUGUGAAGACGACUGUUUCUGGACACAGUUGCGUACCCUGGAAUUCCGAUUUGCUUUACCAAGAACUUCACGUUGACAGUGUUGAAAAA